AUGAUGAAUCCACAGGCCCCCGGAUAUGAUGGGGGUGACGGGCUAAGGAUUUACGGGAAUACGGAUUGGGUAAGCUGGGCGCUGGGGGCGGCCGGGCUCAAGGUUUACCGCUUAAACUAUUCUAUUCUUUUCCAAAGCAGGGUCCCGGGGAAAUUGUCCGACUCCGGCGUCCAGCUACUAAAGGGCUCAGAAGCAAAACUCUCCGAGGGUCAACAGGCUCUCUGCCUGAGUCGGUCAGUUCCAGGAGACGAGACGCACGUGGAGGAUCUUCCGGGAGGCGGCCAAUCGAACCUUGAGCGUUACAUUGCCGGCCAAGCCACUUACCGAAAACUGAAAAUAAGGCGAGAAAAAGGCCCCAAAAGGAUGUCGGAGUCGGAGGCGGAAAGAGCCGGAGUCGGAGCCGGAGCGGGGGGCCCUGCUUCAGGCCAACUUCAGGCCAUCUUCCUUCGGGCCAACCUAAUGCGCUGCUACUGCUGUCAGCCUGCGCUGCGAUUGGCUGGCUGGUUGUUCUAUCUCGUCUUGCUGCUGCUCCUCAUCACCAUGGCCAUCAUCAUCGUCGCUCAUGGUGUCUCCAUUCCCAUGCAGGACUACCUCAGCGCUUCUUCUGCUGAAGAAUUGAGAUACGCCCGAUAUGAAAUAGGCACACUAUACAUACCCCUGCCUGUCCUGCCUCAAAACGCAGUUUGGCCCACCAUCGGCAUAAGUAUGUACUAUGUCUUCUGCCUUGGCCUCAACCACGCCUUCCUUUCUGCCGCUGCAGAAGCAAGGGGUUACCAGCAUGCAUGA